AUGGGUUUGCACAACUGUUUCACGGCGGUCCGAGCCGCUCCGGGUCGCUGGCUUCGGCAGCGUACCCUCUGCAGGGGAUGGGAGCUUCAGGGCAGCCCCGGAAGGAGCUACACAGCCGGCCUCACGCAGACCUCUCCAACAUUUGGGUUCCUCUUUGACAUUGAUGGUGUGUUUAUCCGUGGCCACAAAGUGAUCCCUGCUGCUUUGGAAGCUGCCCGAAAGCUGGUUGACUCACAUGGGCAUUUCCGAAUGCCAGUUGUCUUUGUCACUAAUGCUGGAAAUUGUACACCACAUGUGAAAGCUCAGGAAUUGUCGGACCUCCUGGGUCUGCAGGUUGAUCCAGAACAAGUAAUACUUUCCAGCAGUCCCUUGAAGUUCUUCUCAAAGUUCCAUAAUAAGCGAAUGCUGCUAUCAGGGCAGGGGCCUAUGGUGGACAAUGCCCGGAACUUGGGCUUCCAGAAUGUGGUUACUAUUGAUGAGUUGAGAACGGCAUUUCCUGUACUUGACAUGGUUGAUCUUGAACGACGGCCAAAGACUAUGCCUCCCUUGACAUCUGACUUCCCCCCCAUAGAAGGGGUACUUCUCUUCGGAGAGCCAGUCCGCUGGGAGACAAAUCUCCAGCUCAUCAUGGACGUCCUUCUCAGCAAUGGGAGCCCUGGUACAGGGGUGGCAGUAGCCCCCUAUCCCCAUCUCCCUGUCCUCGCCAGCAACAUGGAUCUCCUUUGGAUGGCUGAAGCCAAGAUGCCCAGGUUUGGCCACGGCACCUUUCUUCUCUGCCUGGAGAACAUCUACCGAAAAGUGACAGGCAAGGAAUUGAAAUAUGCAGGCCUGAUGGGGAAGCCCACCAUCACUACCUACCAGUAUGCAGAAGUUCUGAUCAGGAAGCAGGCAGAGAGACGGGCCUGGGCCCCCAUCCGCAGACUCUACGCUAUUGGUGAUAAUCCCGUGAGUGAUAUCUAUGGUGCCAACCUGUAUAACCGUUACCUGCAGAAGCAUGGGAAGGGUCAAGUACAGGAAUCUUAUGAAAUCAUCGAGGAAAAGCAAGGACCACCGGCUGCAGAGAGAUGCGUGUCCAUCCUAGUACGUAGUGGGGUAUACAGUCCCUCUCGGGGACAGACAGACACUCCAUUCCAUGGACACAGAGACUUUGUCUUUGAUCCCAGCCUGUUAGAAGCCUCCCAUGUGGUGGACGACAUAGAUAAGGCACUACAACUGGUUUUCUGUGAGGAGGGCUGGGACCGAGUCUAGGAGCUGUGGAAGCUGAGAAAGGAUAAGAGAGGGGUGGCUAAGGGGAGGUAGAAAAUAGGUCCAGAGAUUGGUGAUUGUAGAUGGCUGGGGAGCCUGUGCAGGAUAACCAGGAUGUCACAGAUCAUUCUCAGGGCCCAGUUACCCAACAACCACUCCUCCCCCAUUUUGGACCACACGGAAAUAAUGAUGAGAUUGACUGCAAGGAAGAGACUUGACUUUUAGUCUUCUCAGGUGCAGGCCAUAGGAAAAUAGGUUAGGCAGCAUCCUUGGUGGGAAAGUCAGUAUUUCUAGCUCUGGUACUAAGUGACUAUAUGUUAUCAUGACUGAUCCCUUCACCUCUGUGCCUCAUUUUCAUCACAAAUUAAGUGAGACUAGAUGUCUCUACAAAAGAAGGAAGUGAAGAGAAAAGUGAUGGUUUGUAAAAGGACUUUUGCCUUCAUCAAAGGAUGCUGUUGCAUGUGUCUAAAGCAGAACUAACAUUCAGAGAAUGCUUUUUAGUAUAUUUUGAAUGGUGUCUAGGGGUCCUUGCACUGAUUUUUAAAAAUUGAAAAUACUGAAAUGAAAAUAAAUCUCCAUUAUACUAUCUAGUAAGAGAUUCUCUUUCUGGAUGAUGUAGCAAAAACUUAUUUGGGAGGAAGUUGUUAGGGAACUCAGGGGAAAGACUUUUGUGAUAUUUCCUCUCCAGAUAAUACUGUGACAAUUUUCCAAAGAAGAAUGUGUGUUUGUGUGUGCAAGCACUUGGGUGCAUAUGAACCUUUAUAUGACUUCUUUGCUCUCUUGCAAUGAUUAUUAUGUGUGAUUAAACCUGUCUGUGUUUUAAUGAAUUAUCAACAUUACUUUAUUUAGUGCCUAUUUGGAUCAUUUAUGCACUCCAGACAAGGGGCAUUUUCAGUUCAUUCCUUUCUAGUUAUCCUAAAAUAAAGACCCCUACCUGUAAUAGCUGUAGGCAUAAAAUAUAGAUAUUUUCCUUUUAGUAUUACCCUCCACAAAGGUAUAAUUUCUAAUUCGACUGGCUCAGAGGCUCAUAAAAUACAAUUUUCCCCUUAUUACUAGUCUUCCCUACAAAGGUAUAAGCCUUAAUUCUCUUUGAUGCAGAAAGUCUGAUCUCUCUAUUUACGAUUCAUCUUUAGGGCCCCAAAGUCCUUCCUUAAAUUGUUCCUUUAGACCUCACAUAUUUUCUUUUUCUUUUUUUUUAAAUUUAACUUUAUUUAUUUGUUGGUUGGUUACAUUAAAAUGCCUAAUUAACUUCCUCUUGUCCUUUCCCUCAUCAGAGAAGGCAUCAUUUGACAAAAAGAUAUAUGUGUGUGUAUAUAUAUUUUUUUUUGGGGGGGUAUAUAAAAUGAUU